AUGGUCAACGUGGCCGUCCCAUUCCCGUUCAAUCUGCAUAACCAAGUCCUCGGCGAACCUUCCUCCUCUCGUUCAACUCGUAGCGUCUCGGGCGGUACGGCCAAUGACAGCCGUCAAAGGUCUCCAUCGCCGCAUCGCGUUAUCCAAAAGAGCUAUUCCAGCACAUCUCUGCGCCAGCAUUUAGACGAUUCUUCUUUAAAUCUUCUCGGCGAAUUCGACGAUGACCCAGACGCGAGGAGGCCGAUCUUGAAUGUAAAACUGGUGCAAGGCGCGGCACGCAUCGGUGCACCUAGGGGCGGGCAAGCCAGGGGGCGUGGUCGUUUAGGUCGCUUUGGAGAAGAAGGUGUUAGAUGGGCCAGAGCUGCGGUCACAGAACCAGAGUUGGAGAAAGACGAAGUGCCCCCCGCCGCCGUAUUAGACACUGAGCCUGGGCAUGAAUAUGUGGAAGAAAGUACACCGCGAUCGCAUGCGGCUCAAGAGCAAGAACACGCGUCAGGACUUCAAGCUGUAAGUUGA